AGUCUCCAUGGACCGGGGUCUGGUUGACAGAGCUAUUUGAUUUGAUCCAAGCAGUGGUAAUUUCUAUUAUUUCUGAAACACCGGGAGGAAAUAAUUGAAUUUUAUUCAAAUUACAUUACACUGAUUGAUUAAAUAGCGCAAUGAGGUACAGCAUAUUAUCAAUAUUCAAAUAUUCCUUGAAAAUCCGAAAUAUUCCAAGUAACAUUUUCUCAAGACAAGCAUCGAGUGGUCUAAGACUUUGGAAUGUAGAACUUACCACAGAGUACAAACAUGAGGUUGAAAAAUAUUGGAAAGAAAAAAUUCAUAAAAUUAAUAACAAUGCAGGAUCAGUAAAAUUCAAAGAUAAUUUUUACGUUUUAUCAAUGUUCCCAUAUCCAUCAGGAUCACUUCACAUGGGGCAUGUAAGAGUUUAUGCAAUUAGUGAUACUGUUGCCAGAUUUUACAGAAUGCAAGGACUAAAUGUCAUUCAUCCAAUGGGUUGGGAUGCAUUUGGUUUACCUGCUGAAAAUGCAGCUAUCGAGAGGAAAGUUAAUCCUGCAAAUUGGACAGAAAAAAAUAUCAAAAACAUGAAAGAGCAGCUGCAUGAGUUAGGAUGUACAUUUGAUGCUCACAGAGAAUUAGCAACUUGCCACCCAGAUUAUUACAAAUGGACUCAAGAACUUUUUCUUAAAUUGUUUGAAAAUGAUCUGCUUUAUCAAAAAGAAACAUUUGUUAAUUGGGAUCCAGUAGAUCAAACAGUACUUGCUGAUGAGCAAGUUGACGAAAAUUACAGAUCUUGGCGAUCAGGUGCUGUUGUUGAGAAAAGACUACUGAGACAGUGGUUUAUUAAAACUACAGCAUAUGCAGAAUCAUUAUUAGAAGGCUUAAGAGAUAGAAUGUUGAAGGAUUGGAAAGAUAUCAUCAAAAUACAGGAACACUGGAUUGGUGAGUGCACAGGUACAAACAUUGAUUUUCAAUUGAUAUCUGAUAUCUCUGGUUACCCGUCAUUGUUAACUUUGUGGACUGAUAAACCUGAGUUUAUUGAGAAUGCUAAGUUCUUGGCAUUAUCAAAGAAUAAUAUUUUGGCUAAUAUUGAGAAAUCUGACUCUAACAGUGUUAUUAGGAAACUGAAAGCUAAAAUUGUGAAUCCUUUCACCAAUGAAAAACUGCCAAUAUUUGUUACUGACACAGAAUCUUUACCAUACCCUGCCUUCAGAGACGAUUAUCUAGGCAUUCCGUGUUCUGAAGUUGACAUAGCAUUUUGCGAAGCUAACAACAUUAAAUAUGAAGUUCCACCGAUCUAUUCAGUUCAAGAGCUCCAAGAAAAACGACUUGAUGUCCUCCGAAUCGCGAAAAAAUUAAAAAUUGGUGGUUACUUAGUAAGCUCAAAAUUAAGAGAUUGGUUAAUAUCACGUCAGAGAUACUGGGGAACCCCAAUACCAAUUGUUCAUUGUGAAAAUUGCGGUCCUCAACCAGUGCCCAGAGAGCAGUUACCAGUUGUACUUCCAGAACUAAGCAGAUCAUCCACAAGUCAAAGUUUGACUUUGAAAAAUGCCGAGGAUUGGAUAAAAACUUCAUGCCCCAAAUGCAACGGUCCUGCAAAGCGAGAAACGGAUACAAUGGAUACUUUUGUCGACAGCUCGUGGUAUUUCAUGAGGUACAUCGAUCCCAAAAAUCAAAACCAAAUGUUCUCCAAGGAAAAUGCUUAUCGUUAUUUACCGGUAGAUUUGUACGUUGGUGGCAAAGAACACGCUGUACUUCAUCUGUACUAUGCUCGUUUCAUCAAUCACUUCCUUUAUGAUCUUGGGCUGGUCCCCACGAGAGAACCUUUCAAACAGCUUUUAGUUCAAGGAAUGGUAAUGGGUCAGUCAUACUGCAAUAAGGCUGGCAAAUACUUGAAACCGCAGGAUAUCUUGAUCUCAGACGAUGGUUACGUUGAAAAGGAAACUGGAGAGCCUGUCGUUGCGACCUGGGAAAAGAUGUCUAAAUCUAAAUAUAACGGUGUCGAUCCGACUAAUAUGUUCAAAGAGUACAGUGCUGAUACUAUUAGGUUAUUGAUGUUGGCUGAUGUUGCGCCGACUUCUAAUAGGCAUUGGUCUAAAGACACAUUUCCAGGCAUUCUAAACUGGCAAAAGCGCCUCUGGCAAAUGCUACGUGAUUUCAUCUCAGCUCGUCAGUCUCUUACACCAGCCGACUUGGAAACCCGUCCAAAAGACGUUAAAUUCAUCAAGGAAGACGACAACAUGUUCGACAGCCGUAAUUACUAUGUACAUGGAGUGACGUUCAACAUCAUAAGCUCACAGCAGUUAAGUGUGGCCAUUUCAAAAAUGCAGGGUCUUACUAAUGACAUUCGCAAAGCUUCAAAGCUCUGCAUAGCUCGAAGUCGCGAAUAUGAACGUGCACUCGCCGUUCAAAUUAUUAUGCUUGCACCGUUCGCGCCACAUUUCGCCUCUGAAUUGUGGGCUGGCUUUUGUAUGGCUAAACAUAGAAUUGUAGAUGAUGGGGAAAUUCAGUGGGAUAAGGAUGUUCUGGAACAACGCUGGCCGGAAGUUGAUAUGGAGUAUAAGCUCAAAGUUCGCGUGAAGGUGAACAAUAAAGAACUUAUGACACUGCGAGUGAUGCGCCGGGACUUGGAUGUGAUGACGAAAGACGACGUCUUGCGGAUAGUAAUGCAGGAGCUCAAGUUUCAAAAGCAAAUGAAAGACCGUAAGAUCACCAAAGUUAUUUAUCGAUCAGAUAUAGGCUGUGGAGCAAGCAUUACAAUAAUUGCUAAGAAGAUUCAGGAAGAGAGUUUGCCGCAGGAGGAAGCUUUAUAGUUUGACGUUAAGUUAUUUAUGAUUGUUUAAGUUGCUUUUUAAUUUUUAGUUUAAGUUGUAAUAUAUAUGUAAAUAAAAAGUAUUGCUUAUUGUAAAAAAUGUAGAUUUUACUUAGAUUCAGUCAUGCCGUUGUAACCGU